CUACGCGAUGACUAUUGCCGUGAUAGCCACUCCUCCAGGUCAUAGCCGGGCGUUUGUGCGGCAGGUUCGCUCCCUGCUCUCAUCCUUGCGCAUACCGAUGGAGCUAGUGCUCUAUAUCAUGGACAUCGCAGACUACCAUCCAACACUGCGAGCGGAACGCAAGGAUGGUAUGCACAUAGAUGCUGGCUGGUACCACGAUACAGAGGCGUGCUGGGCAGCCGUUCUCUACCUCAUCAGCCCGCCCAUUCCAUGUUAUCUCGAGGACACUUAUUGCAGAGUGAAGAAGACAUUGUGGACACUGGAAGGCCACGAUCAAGGAUGGGCAGAUGAACGUCGAGGAGAGUACCAAGGGGCAUGUUCUUGGUACGACGCGUGUAUCUUCCGCCGCGUACCCGGAGAACCAAGGGUCUCUACAAGCCUCGAGAUUAUCUCUGACCUCUGGGGAGAGUUUCGCAACCCCGGGACCGGUAUGCUCGAGGUCCAGGAGCUGCUGAAGCCCACCGGAUGGUUGUUGGUGGCGAACGGUGACGAGCUCACGUGGCGUCUACAAAACAAUCGCAUCGCAGAACGUCAGGACCAUCGGCACGUUCUCGAAUGGAAUGUUGACCAACGCGGCAUAGAUCCCGACGCGAAGGCGGACGGAUCUUUCGCUGGGGCGGGAUUUGUGCAGGCGUUGCAACCUGGGGACAGGAUCGGAGUAUGGUUGCGGGCCAAGCAGCGGGGAUGGGAGUGCCACAUCAAGGAAGCAUCUGUUGAGAUCAUGUACGAGUUCCAUUGACAUCGUAGGGCACUCGAUAGCGAUACUUCAACGCAGGGGCUAGUAGCUCACUAGCUCCAAUGUAUUCUCUGCCUACCUAGCCACCGUCUUGACAAUUGUCGUCUGCUGCCUGCAGUCAUCCUACGAUCGC